AUGGACCAAGAGUUCAGAUGGGGCAGUUUCACCGCCAAGCUUGCGCAAAUCGCACCACCCGAGACCGAGCUCGACCAGGCGGAUCGACAGGAAGCGCUCAUUGUCCGCUCCGCGCACCUCAGGUCCCGACAGUUCCUGUGCACGGUGUCCACAAGGACCAAUGACUCAGCAAGCAUCGCUGUCUUUUCCGCCUUCAUGCCUCCAGUCGGUGUUGGCUAUUCCCAUGGAGAAGCAGCUCGCGUACUGAUCUCGAACACCUUCCUGGAGAUUGUGCAGGGCAUGCCCGCCGUGAAGCGGUCAUAUUCAUGGCCGCAGACGGCAGAGAAAGGUGAGGAGGUCUACCUGGAGGGGUGGUCCUUCACACACCCAAAGCUUGUGUCAACGUACCAAGUCCACGAGUUGCAGUCGAAGCAGUCCACGAAGCAGUCGGAUCUCAACGUCCACUGGCACGAAGAAUACGGACUGCAUGCUGACCAUCCAUCGUGGCAACUUGCUCCAAAACUCAUGAUCCGCAACCUCCCCGCAAGGAACCGUGGUUAUGCAUUCAUCACCGUUCCAGACAUUGCUUCUUUGCGCUCUCUGGUUCGAGUUGCGCAAGACAUGUUCACAAUUGUCGAUUGCAGGGCUGUCAUCGGCAUCCUCCUGCCAGCGGAUAGAGGUUGCAAUGUCUCAGUUGCACGUCGGAAUGCAGGGGACAUUUUUGUGAGAGCCCGCGCCAAGGAAGACAGGCGCUAUCAAGCAUGGCUGGCUUCUGGGUCAAGGUGGCCGCCCUUUGUACGGAGCUCCAACGGAGUCUUUGGCUGUUCCGGCCUCGGGCUGGAAGAAGCCGGGGCCUUGCCAGCCUUGCUGAGGUAUUGUGCCACUUUAGAGCUGCUACGUGAGCUGUUUUUUGACGUGCUAUGUUGGCUCGGGGACACCGCAAUCUUGGCUUUGCAGCUAACCUUGUGGAGCGCAUGGCAGGGAACGGACAGAUUGCAGCGUGUCAAGGCAGCCAAUGGCUACAUGCAUGCAGCAUGCAAGGUCCAGCGCCAGCUGCCCCAGUGCAAUGCCUCAAUCACGGCUGCCGCGAAACUUCAUCGCUGGCAGCAGGGCCUGGACUUGGCAGCACAGAUCUGGCUUUCGUCGCUCCAGCCAAGCGUGAUCUCUUUAACCGCUUCCAUCAGCUCCUUCGAGAAGGGCCUCCUAUGGCAUGCAGCCUACAAGACUCUUUCGGUCUCGCGGGUUGCAAGUGUUGAGCUCGAUGUUGUUGCAUGCAUGGCGGUGAUGGUGGCAUGUGAGAAGGCAAGGCAGUGGAAGUGGUCCCUCUUUGUCCUGUCAGAGAUGCGGUCGGCUUCCCUUGACCCAGAUGCGUGCCUUUUUAAUGGGGCCAUCAGCGCCUGUGAGAAGUCCGCCACGUGGCUCGGAGCUGUCCUUGUCUUGCAAGAGAUCUCUACACGACUUCAGCCCGACUUCAUCUCCCACACUGCUUGCAUCAGUGCGUGUGAAAAAGAAGGGCAGUGGACGUUGGGAAUCAGCUUGCUGUCGGCUAUGCCGCAGUUGUCUCUGCAGCCAAACAUAAUCAGCCUGAAUGCAGCUCUCAGUGCCUGCGAAAAGUCUGGCUUAUGGCACAAGAUUUGCAGCAUGUGUCUUGCUUGUUCCAGAACGGACACGAGCCUCGACGUCAUAUCUUUCACGGCUGCGACAAAUGCCUGUGCUAGGGGCCGAUGCUGGGAAAGAGCAGUUGCCUUCGUCUGCCAGCUCUCUCAGCGGGGUGUGAGGAGAGAUCAGGGACUUGACAAUUCCUACCUCAAUGCUCUGGACUGGGGUCAGCAUUGGCCAGCUUCGAUGCAGGUCGUGCAGCAGCUCGGCAGAAUGGAUGCAAUCGAUGCAGCAAGCUUAGCGGCUCUGCUGAGUGCAGGCAACAAAUGCCAGCAUUGGCAGAUCUCAGCACAGUUGUACAAUUCAGCCAGGUCUCUGGGUAUUGCUACUGAUGCUGUUGUACUUGACGCAGCCAUGAGCGCUCAUGCAGCGAAACAAUGCUGGAGGGGAGCCACCGCCUUGCUUGCGCAAGUGCGAUCAGCAGGACUGGAGCCAGUGCUUGUUGCUGGCAACGCAGCUCUUGCAUGUUGCAGCAAGGCAAACUGGGCGGUUGUGCUGCGGCUGUUGCUGCAAAUGAAGGAGGGGCCCAUGGAUGUGAUCAGCUACAACUCGGCCCUCUGCGGCAUCUUCCGCUGGAAACAAGCUUUGGCGCUGAUACGAGAAAUGACGAUUGCACGAACCAUUGACAUGUCCAGCUAUGGCCUGGCUGUGGGCAUUUGCAUGGGUCGUGGCCAGGCUGAAGAUCACCUGAUGGAAGCAGGGCGUUUGUGCAUCAUGUCUGUGCAAGAUUGUUUCACCGCGCGCCUUGCUCCUUAUCUUCUGCCCUGCUUAUGGUUUGGCGGUGAGGAUCCCAUUCCCACAGUGCGGGUGCACCUAAACAUGGACGAGGUUCUGUUCAACUCGGCAGACAGCACCAAGUCCGCAGGCGAUCAGGCCAUGGAGAAGGAGGAUUGGCAGGGUGCGAUUCAGCACUUCACUGCUGGAAUCGAUACAAUGAAAAGAGCAAGUGAUUGCUUAAGCACCACUUUCAAAAGCCGUGCUUCCCUUUUACUGUUUCGAAGAGGCAGCGCUCACAUGAGAUUGCAGGAGCACAAGGCUGCACUCCGCGAUGCAGUGGCUGCCAUGGACUUGGAGCGGCAAGAAGCAGAGGCACUAGCGCGUGAAGCUCUCGGCGAGUUGGGCUUCAAGGACGAAGUCCUCUCACAGAAGAUUCUGGAGCCGGUGGGCUUUGGUCGCAUACUUGAUCCAGCAGCUCCGUUGGUUCUGAGAUGUGUUGAUCGAUGGACUGCCGAUGUCCUGAACCACUUCUCCCAAGUCCCGGCGGACUGCGCAGAGGAGAUGCCCAUGCCCGUGCACAUGCCUUCAGACAGGUAUUUGGAUGGCCUCGAUGAAGAGACACGUGCCGCAGUGAUCCGAAAAUACGUCCCGCAGGAGCAAUUUGGAGGAACGGCGGUCGUUUCCUCGGCGGGAGAGUGCAUUGACCUCAUGAAGAAAUGGGAGGAGGUCUUUUCUGGACCCGAGUUUCAGUGCAGGAGGAAAGCCCUCUGGGAUCGGCGUGACCUAUCUUUCCCUGCCCGUAUGAGGGAAACAAGGACUAUGGUGGCAGAGAGCCUUUCCAAGGUGCUUGAGCCAAUGGGAUUCGCACCUGGGAGGCCUGGCUUAGCCCGCUGCGUCAAGCAGAUGCAGGUGUUCUGGUCCACUGACAAAGCCUGUGCCAACAAGGCUGACGCUGUGUGGCAGCCGGAGAUUGAGGACCUCGAGCUGAAGGGCAUACACCUGCUGUCCCUUUUUGAUGGGCUGGAUUCCAGGACCACGGAGGUCAUCGUGAGUGCUCCAAACUUUGGUCAGGCAAAGUCACUGCUGUUGGCUACCUGUCAUGCAGCAGGUGCCCCAGCUUUCAGCCAUGAAGAGGUGGAUGCUACUGCUGUCCGUGUUGUUGCAGAUGCUCUCAAAAACCACACUGGCAGAGAGAUUUGCGGCUAUCGUUCUUCAAUUUCGGAGGAGCUGGGCUGUUUGAUGGUAACACUGCGAGAUUUUCGCCGUUCAUUCGAUGAGCAGUUCAAAAACGAGCUGGCUAGCUUGAUCGAGGAAUCGCUCUCGAGUGUGUCCUCCUUACCUACACUUGGCCUGGAUUCGUCGAAGCCCGCGGUGAGUGCUGCAGCACGCAGGGAGGCUUAUGCAAGCCUAGGACUUGCAGCUGGUGCAGCCGGGGCCGUAGCGACGGGAGGCAGUGCGCUUGUUGCAGUAGGCUUUGCGGCAGCAGCUGCCAGCCUUGGCGCGCAUGCUGCAAUGACCCAAGCAGACCCAACAAGUCCAGCAGUGGGCUGCGCUUUUGGCCGGGGAACUUCCCGGGACCUGCGUGUCACCAACGCUGCUGCAACCCUCCGGGAGAUGUUGAAGACCGGAGUCGACCUGUCAUUGGUGGAUGAGCUCACGGAGGAGGAGCGCGUUUUGGGAGGACAUCUGGCCGCAGUCAGGGUGCAGGAGGCCCAGGUCGUCGCGUCCGAAGACGACACGCCGCCUACCUUGAUGGCACCCAUCGGGUUGCUUGUAAACGACAACGACAACCCGCUGCUGACUUCCAUGAUCCUUUCUGCAAUGGCCUUAAUUACAGAUGCCAUGGCUGGAGGCGGUGAAAUCAAUGGCUACGUGCUUCGCUCGGUGAGGGUGCGUGGGUGUCGUGGCUGUGCAUUGACGUUUCGAAGGGCUCACUCUUGCCCUUUGAUGUGA